UUGGGAUAUCGCUUUCCCCUUAUCCCCGCUAUUCUAACCAUCAAAAAUAAUUCGGGGAAUCAUAACUUAUCCCCAGUUUUUAAGUCUCUCCGUGCGUGCAUGUGGGUGAGCGCCAUUUAACGGCGUCCCCCGUCUCGCUUCCUUCUUCCUUUCGCCUACUCGAUUCCUCCUCCUCCUCACCUGUAUUGAAGGCUUUGAAGCCCUAACGCUAACCGUGAUGCCAAUGCGCAGCGAAAUCGUCUUGUAGGAGCCGCACUGGAGAUGCGACCGGUGAUUGCAGCAUAGCUCGGAUAGUCUCAGACGCCAUGCUUUCUUGUAAUUGGUAAUGUAGCAGUGGAUGCUGUUAACAUUAGAGUGAGAAAAUGAGAGCAGAAAAGGGAGGUUCAAGUGGUUUCUUUAAUCCAUUUGAUUGGAAUAGGAAGUCGAGGAAAAAAUUGUUCUCCAAUGGAAGUGCUUCGUCUCGGGCGAUAGAAGGGAAGAAACUCGAAAGUAAUAUGUCAACCUCACUGCUUCGCCUGAUUGAUGAAGAUGAGAUGAUUGGAGUGUCAAGUGUGAAGGGAAGCAGUGACUAUAAUUGUACUUCUUCGGUGACUGAUGAAGAAGGAAACACUUUUAGGGCCCCAGGAGUGGUAGCAAGGCUUAUGGGUUUGACCUCCAUGCCCAUAUCAGGCACUUCAGUACCCUAUUCCACCCCCUUACAUGACUCACGAUCCCUUCAAGAUAACCAUAGUCAGAGAAGAAGUCCUGGGUUCUACAUCAAUGAUCAAUUCAAUCAUGUGAUUAAGAGAUCUGAGGCCUAUUCAAGGAUUCCAGCAGAACUGAGGUCCCAGAAGAUGCCAAACAGCCCAAUUAAGAGGUUCCAAACAGAAGCAUUGCCGCCUAGAUUAGCAAAGUCUGUCCCAACUACACACCACAAGUUACUGUCACCAAUUAAAAAUCCGGGUUUCUUCUCGGUGAAGAAUGCAGCUCAUAUCAUGGAAGCAACGACAAAGGUUCUUGGGCCUGAGGUUCAGAUCAGUGUGAUGGGCAGAUUUCAGUCUUUUGUGUCACUUUCAAAUCCUAUUAAGGUUUGUAAUUCACAGGAGAUCAUGGCGGCUUCUCCGAGGACAACAAGGCUUCCAGAAUCAUCCAGAAGACAUGUUGAAUCAGCUUCCAUGAGAUCUCUUAGAGGACAGCCUGUGAACAGGAGUUGGGAUGGUUCAGAACAUACUACUGUUUAUAGGUCCUCUCCCAUUACAGCUGAAACCAAUUCAGCUGGUGCAAAAGGUAAGGGAAGAUCUAUCUCGAGUGCAGUUCAAGCUAAGGUGAUUGUCCAGAAAAGGGAGGGGUUAGGCACGAGCAAUAGGAGUGCAUCAGUUCAGAAGGACAACAAUGAAUGUAAAUCAAACAGACCAUUGAAAAAUCAAUCAAAUAACCCAAAGAAUAAUCAGCAGAAAAGGGCAGCAACCAAUGCUUCCAGUCUCCUCAAGCAAAAUAAUCAGAAGCAGAACUGCCUAGCAAGUAAAAACAAGUUACCUUCCAAACCAUCAGUUUCUAACCAACAAGGAAGAAAGAUUCUUUCUGGAGAUGCUUCUUCUCGAAAGAACAAAAUUGUGAAUAAGCUUUCAGGAAGCACCAGAAUCAGUUUCAGUAAGGGAGAUAUAAUCACUUCUGACAACAUGGAGGAAGGGCUGUCUUCGGACGGCAAGAACUUUCCAUGCAAGAAAAAAAUGAUAGAGCAGGGCUCCUCUUCCAAGAAAAGUGAGGCUCCUGAUGGUAUUUUGGUGGAUAGGCAUGAAAAGCAUGUUCAGCAUACUGUUGUGGUCGAUGAACAGCCGAGAUGGACUGGCGAUAAAACAAGAAAUGGUGCAGAUGUUGUAUCCUUUACAUUUACCUCCCCCAUGAUAAAACCAUUGCCAGGAUCCCAGAUCUCCACCCAUGUGGUGGAAAAAGAAGACAAACAUAAUGGGCCCUGUUCUGAUACCAAUUGUCAAAAUCAUGCUUCUGAUUCAGACUGCAGACACCUAUCAUCUCUCAGAUCAGAUGUGAUAGUCAGUGAUUCUUUGGGUUUUCUUUUGGAAUUGAGAGAAUUAACAUCAGAAGCUGAGUCACCCUCCUGUAAAUUAAUCAGAGGUAGCAUCACAGCUACAGGACCUGUUUCCCAAGAUUCAGUAUCUGCCAUUGAUACCCCUAGCAUUGCACCCACUGAACAUGAAGGGGGUCCUGUAGUUAGUUCUUGUAAAGAUGAACUGGGUGGAAUAUUUGAGUCUAGUUUCUCAUUAGCUAGUGGUCAGAUGUUUACCAUGAGCCAUCAUAUGCUGGAGGCAGAAAGGAUGGAAUGUAGCAGCACCCGUGAGAACCAAAAGCUGCCUGACCAUCAAUAUCAGAGUCCCAUUUCCAUACUUGAAGUUCCUUUUUCAAAUGAAAGCUGCAGCUCAUCAGAGAGCUGGGAAAGUCCAAGCGGCAAGAUGCAUGAUUCUUCUGUUCAGUCUCAACAUAUUGUUGAUUUGAGUUGCUUCAACGAAACUUCAUCAGUGGAAGCUGAGAUGGAGUUAUCUGACUCAGCCUCCUCAACAGAAAUCACACGUGGAGCUCAUCCACCAGAAAUCAGCAGGACAGGUCAUACAGAUGUAUGCAAUCAGGAACUGGAAUAUGUGAGAGAGAUAUUAAGCAACAUGAAAUGUUUGUUCAAGAAUUUAGAUCCAUGUCAAAUGGACCAUGAUGGUGGGGUCCUUGACCCACUUCUUUUUGACAAGUUGGAAACCAGUGGAAGCCUGAUUGCACUGGAAGGAGAGGAAAGGGACUCGAGGAUGAGGAGAAAAAUGUUGUUUGAUUGCGUGAAUGAAUGCAUGGAUUUGAAAUGUAGUCAUUAUUUCCAUGCAGGAUAUCAGAUGUGGACUAAAGGAUUGGCGGUUGUCAUGAAGGAUUGGACGGAAGAACUAUACAAGGAGAUAUCAGGAUGGAGGAGCAUGGGUGACUGGAUGGUGGAUGAGCUUGUUGAUAGAGACAUGAGCAGUCGCUUGGGAAGGUGGGUUAACUUUGACACGGAAGCAUAUGAAACAGGAGGAGAGAUUGAGAUGGCGAUAUUUAACUCCUUGGUUGAUGAAGUUGUUGCUGAUUUUAUGAUUGAAGUUCCACCGUAGCAUGCCUAUUUUCCCAUGCAACCGUAAGUUGUCCACUUCAGAUCUUUUUUCUUCUAAUUGAAAUGUUGUGCACUUGUGCCCAUAUAUUUUGGCUAUUCUAAUUACUUUGUUCUAAUCCAAUCUCUCUUGCCUUGUGUCAACAUCAAACUGCUCUAUACAUUGUGACAAGAUACAAAAGCUUCUCCUCAAUAGUAUUUCCAGGCAAAAACGAGGGUACACUUUUAUUGGGAUCUCACAUUGAUGAACAAUAAGAAAGUUGCAUAUCUAUCUUAGAAGAUGAAAAAUCUUGUCCAAAGUGCAGGCAAUGACUUAAUUUGUUCUGAACAGGUCAUGUUAUUUGUCUUUCAGAAGUUUCUCUUUAUUGUUCAUUUGUGAAUCUCAAAAGAAAGAAAUAAUUAGCUUAAUCCA